GUGACCCCUGGGGUCUCCCGUCCUUUCUCUGCUGCAGAGACCAGUGCUCCCAUCUUCUCUCCUGGGACUCUCUGUCUUUCUUUAGGCUUCAGGCGACUCCAUGGCCCUGACGCUUCAGCUGUCUGAUGAGUCCAGGCCUUUUCGUAUUGUUAGGUUCGGGCAGCACUCUUUGCAGCUUCCUAGUCAUGGGCCGAAGGGGAACUCUCCGAACCAGUAUAAAUUUCACUUCUCUAGUUAUGAGUCAGCUUGAACAAUCUUUUCACAUGUUUAAGCACCAGUUUUAUAUCCUGUGUGUGUAAAUUUUCUGUUUGUGUCUUUUGCCCGUUUUUUUUUGUUUGUUUCCUUGUAGUUUUUAUGAGCUCUUUAUAUGUUAAGGAUAAUAUUCGUCCUUUGGCAUAUAUUGCAAAUCUUUUCUCCCUGCUUGUCUGUUGUCUUUCUGUGUUGCUUAGGGUACUUUUUUUUUUUUUAACCAUACAGAAGUUUUUUUUGUUUGUUUGCUUGCUUUUAUAAAAGCUGUGACAUGUGUCAGUCUUCCCUUUUAUAGUAUUUUGAUUUUGAGUCCUGCUUGGGAAACUUUUCCCUACAUAGAGGUUAAAGGGGAAUUCAUUUUUUCUGCACAUACUUUGAUUGUUUUAUCUUUUUUUUAAUUGAUAGCCAUGAUCCAUUUGGAGUGUAUUCUUUUAUUAUGUGAGGUAUGAACCAAUUUUUUUCCAAAUGUCCAAGCAGAUGUCUCAGCACCAUUUAUGAAAAAGUCCUUCUUUGAUUUGUGAUGCCGCAUUUAUCAUAUACUAAAUUUCUAUGUGUACAUGGCUCUAUUUUUAGACUUUCUUCCUUAUUCCAUUGGUCUAUUUAUAUUUUCAUGCACAGUUUUAGUUAUAGAGGCUUUCUAGCAUUUUUAUAAUAGCAUUGUAAUUCACAUAUCCUAAAGUUCACCGUUUUGAAGUGCAUAAUUAAGUGAAUUUUAGUCUAUUUACAGUGUUGUACGUUCAUUACUAUCAAAUGCCAGAAUAUCUCAAUCACCCUGAAAAGAAAGCCCACAUAUAUUAGCAGUCACUCCCUAGUCCCCCUCCCCCUCCCCUGCCCCAGUGUCCGUCUGUCUGCUUUCUGUUUCUGUAGAUUUGUGUCUUGCGGACCUCUCAUGACAGUGGAACCACACAUGUGUGGUCUUUGGUUUCUGGCUCCUCUCGCCUAGCACAGUGCUUUCAGGAUCCGUCCCUGUUGUAACGCGCAUCAGGACUUCACUCUCUAGGUUCUGAAAGUCUGCAAGUGCGAGCCCAUUUUGUUUAGCGUUUUCCCAGUUAUUCUUGUGUCUUUGUUUUCCUAGAUGAACUGCCUGUUGUUUUCCCAUAUGAACUGUCUGCCAACUUGUCCAGCUCCAUAAAAACGCAUGAUGGUAUUUUUAUUGCGACAGGAAAACUGACGUCUUUGUGAUACAGUCAUUCUAUUCAAGAACAAGGGAUAGCUUUCUGUUUGAUCAGUUCUAGUUUUGUGAACUUUAAAAUACUUUAAAGUCCCGUUGUAGAGAUUUUUCCCAUUUCAUGUUAAAUUUAUUCCUAGGUAUACUAUAUUCUUCGUUGCUAUUGUAAAUGGGUUUUUUCCUACCAUGACAGCCUCAGACUGGUUUCUGUAUAUGUGAAGGCUGUGAAUUUCUGUAUGUUAAUUUUAUAUCCUGAUACUUUACCAAAGUCUUUUAUUGUUCAGAUUUUAACAUUGUUUUGCUAGGGUUUUCCAAGUACACUGUCAUAUCAUUUACAAGGAGAGAGAAUUUUGUUUCAUUUCUUUUUUUGUUUUUAAUGUCUUGUUGAUUUCUUGUUUUAACUGCAUUGGCUGACACCAGCAUAACAGUGUUGAAUAGGACUGGAGAUAGCUGGCACCUUUGUUUUCUUCUUGAUCUUCGGGAAUUGUUCCUAGUGUGAUUUAUUAAAUAAGGUGCUCGUUUAGGAUGAAAGGUUCUUUAUUUUAUCAUUAUAAGACAGCUUCUUGUGUUUUCAUCAGGAAUGAGCGUUCAACUCUGUUGAUACUGUUUUUAACAUCUGUAGAGAAACUCACCAGCUUUUCCCUGUAGGUCUCUUAGGUUAAUAUGGUGUAGUGCACUGGGGAGUGUCCUCGUGUUGAGCUAGCCUUGCAUUCCUGGGAAAAACAAGCAGAGGGGGUUUUGGAUUUUAUUUAUUAGUGUUUUAUUUCGUAUUUUUGCAUCAGUAUUUAUAACAUAUUUAUUUGUAAUUUUUUCUUUUUCUUGUUUUUAGACUAGGUUUAUUAGGUUUUGGUGACAUGGUUAUACAUGCUUCAUAAAAGCAAUCAGAUUGGGAGGCUGAGGCGGGCAGAUCAUGAGGUCAGGAGAUCGAGACCAUCCUGGCUAACAUGGUGAAACCCCAUCUCUACUAAAAAUAGAAAAAAUUAGCCGGGCAUGGUGGUGGGUGCCUGUAGUCCCAGCUACUCGGGAGGCUGAGGCUGGAGAAUGGUGUGAACCUGGGAGGCGGAGCUUACAGUGAGCUGAGAUUGCGCCACUGCACUCCAGCCUGGUCAACAGAGCAAGACUCCUUCUCAAAAAAAAAAAAAAAAGAAAAAAAGCAAUCAGAAAAAUCCUUCAUUUUCAGUGUCCUGGGACAAUUUUUGGCACAUUGGAAAUGUUCAGCCAAAUUCCUCUACAAAACCAUCAGCUGCUGUAGCUGCACAGUCUUGAGUGUUCCUGUCCAUGAACAUGCUCAGUGUGGAGGCUGCUGGCCCUGCCAUCUGUAAGAAGAUGUCAUACGGAUCCAUCGCCCGUGGAGGUGGCCUGGGGAGCCGUGGCCCUUUCGGGGGACCUUCGAGACAAGGCUGUCAGCCCCUAGAGUGCGCUAGAUGUUGGACCGAGUAUGGAAUCCGCCAUUUCCCCUGCCCGUCGCCAGAGAGCAAGCUACAGAACCCCUGUGUGGGGAAGGACGGGGAAGGUGAUCUGGGGCCGGCAGGCUCGCCUGUUGUCCCAAGGGCCAGGAAGCGAGGGCCUGGGGUUGCCCCUGAAGGCAGCCGGAUGCCGGAGCCCACCUCAUCACCCACCAUUGGCCCGAGGAAGGACUCGGCUGCUGGGCCGCAUGGCCGGAUGGCGGGGCCCAGCGCUACCCGGGCCAAGAAGAGGAAGCCCAACUUCUGCCCGCAGGAGACUGAGGUGCUGGUGUCCAAGGUGAGCAAGCACCACCAGCUGCUGUUUGGCACGGGGCUGCUGAAGGCCGAGCCCACUCGCAGGUACCGCGUGUGGAGCCGCAUCCUGCAGGCUGUGAAUGCGCUGGGCUACUGUCGCCGCGACGUCGUGGACCUGAAGCACAAGUGGCGGGACCUACGAGCCGUCGUGCGGCGCAAGCUGGGCGACCUCCGGAAGGCGGCCCACGGCCCCAGCCCUGGUUCCGGAAAGCCCCAGGCCCUGGCUCUCACGCCCGUGGAGCAGGUGGUGGCCAAGACCUUCUCUUGCCAGGCCCUGCCCUCCGAGGGCUUCGGUCUGGAGCCGCCCAGAGCCACCCAGGUCGAUCCGUGCAACCUCCAGGAGCUGUUCCAGGAGAUGUCGGCCAACGUCUUCCGAAUCAACUCCAGUGUGACCUCCUUGGAGCGGAGCCUUCAGUCCUUAGGGACACCGAGUGACACGCAGGAGCUUCGGGACAGCCUGCACACGGCACAGCAGGAGACCAACAAGACCAUCGCAGCCAGCGCCAGCUCCGUGAAGCAGAUGGCCGAGCUGCUGCGCAGCUCCUGCCCGCAGGAGCGUCUGCAGCAGGAGCGUCCUCAGCUGGACCGGCUGAAAACCCAGCUCUCAGAUGCCAUUCAGUGCUAUGGAGUGGUGCAGAAGAAAAUUGCAGAAAAGUCCAGAGCGCUGCUUCCCAUGGCGCAGAGGGGCAGUAAACAGCAGAGUCCCCAGGCCCCGUUUGCCGAGCUGGCUGAUGAUGAGAAGGUCUUUAAUGGGAGUGACAACAUGUGGCAGGGCCAGGAGCAGGCGCUGCUCCCGGACAUCACUGAGGAGGACCUGGAGGCCAUCCGGCUGCGGGAGGAGGCCAUCCUGCAGAUGGAGAGCAACUUGCUGGAUGUGAAUCAGAUCAUCAAGGACUUGGCCUCCAUGGUGUCAGAGCAAGGAGAAGCUGUUGGGUCCAGCAGCAGCAAAGCCAUCUGCCGGCAGAGCUGCAGCCCCGAGCCGGCCGCGGCGGCCCUGCUGCUGGGUGCCGGGCCGGGCUCCACACCCCUGCGGCCGGGCCCCCACUCCCGCACCAAGACACGCAAGCCCAACUUCAGCCCCCAGGAGACGGAGGUGCUGGUGCAGAGGGUGAGGCGCCACUACCCGCUGCUCUUCGGGGCGCUGCGGGGCACACCUGCCCGAAAGCACCGCGUGUGGAGCCGCAUCCUGCAGGCAGUGAACGCGCUGGGCUACUGCCGCCGCGACCUGGGGGACCUCAAGCACAAGUGGCGGGACCUGCGAGGUGCCGUGCGCAAGAAGCUGGCGGAGGGCGGCCCCGCCCCCGGCCUCCUCCUCACGCCUGUGGAACGCAUGGUGGCAGAGACCUUUUCCGCCCACGGUCCCCAAGGCGAGGGCCAGACCACGGAGCCCCUGCCAAAUAGUAUUGAAGCCAGCCUUGAGGCUGCGUCCUCGCAUGCGGAGGCAGCCCGCCAGCUCCUGGCUGGAGCCAGCCGGCACCAACCGAUGAGGAGGACGAGACCCCCAGCUGCUUGUGGCUGCCCCUGAGGACCCUGGAAAGGCCCAGCCCGCCUGAACCUGACCCCCUGGACUUACGAGGAGUCUUCCACGCACCCACCUCCUCACCCUCCCCACCUGCUUCCCCAGCCUCCACCCCACCAGCAGCCACACUCAUGGGGGCCUUCCAGCCUUCCCCGCCCUCUUCGGCGCCAGCACCUCCCUUGUCCUCCAGGGGCACCCCAGUGGCAGCAUCUGAAACGUCCGCAUUUGAGCAGCGGCUGCUGGACUCCCACCGGCAGCAGGGCGCCCUGCUGUCCUCCUGGGCCCAGCAGCAGAGCACACUCAUGGCCCAGCAAAACCUGCUGCUGCAGCGGCUGGCCGAGCAGAGCCAGCGUCUGGCUGAUGGCGUGGAGGCCCUCAACCGGACCCUCGAGAGGCUGGUGGAAGCACGCCCUACCCGGGAAGCCUCACCAUCACUCCAGGACAGUAGUCCUGCCAGUGGAGUGGCCCAGGGGCCUGCUGGAGGCUCCCAGGACAGCCCCAAGGGCGCCCACUCGGGGCUCGAGGUCUUCUCAGGGUUGAUCUUGAAGGUGGAGGAGGAGAUAUAGGGCUGGUCGGGGGUGCUGGCAGAGCCAAAGGGCAGGAGCAGGGCCUCCAGUCUUUCCCCUGCUGAGUCCAGGCAGGGGAGAGGUGGCAGUGACUAGGUCUCCAGGGCACCGGGACAACUCGAGUCCAGGAGACCGGAAGGAUGAGAGGAUGUGGGCUGUCUACCUGUGAUGUCGCGUCCUUGCCAUUGCCUGUAGAGGGUGGUGACCUGCAGGGAAAGGCUGCAGAGAGCCGACCUGUGGGGCUCAGUGGACCAGGUCUACUCAGGGAUGAUGCUGCCAACCCCAUGUGGCAGCAGCUGCGAAGUCUGCAGCCCAGCGUCCCUGGAGGCAGGGGAGGUGGGGAAGAUGCACUGAGGGGCCCCCUGCUCACCGGAGCUCUGGAAAGGGUGGCUCGGCCAGGCCCUAAAAAGGUCCCAAGCGUGUGAUCUGGUGUGACUCCUGAAAGCCCCUGUCCCCUUCGUGGGCAUGCACACUUGGAGGGCAGGGUCCUCUGCCCUACGUGGUUCUGGCCCAGGGGAACCACAUCCCAUACGCCUGGAAUAAUUUCUAUCCAAUUUUCUAUGUUAUAAAUACAUAUAUAUAUAUAUAUGCCUAUAUAUUACUUGGUACUGUAUGGGGCUGGGAUGACAUUUUGUACCUGUAGAUUUUUCUUGCAAAAGGUAUUUUUUUACCUAAGCAUAAAAUGACAAAGCAGGCAGCAGUGCGGCUGCUGACGAGCACGUGAGUUGGAGCCUGCUUCUCGGGCGUGGCGGGCACCGCUGCUUUCAGCCUCCCUGCAGGGGCCUGGGCACUUCCCUGCGUCUUCAGAUCCUUCUUCCUCCAUUACCUCCUUUGACUCUUGGGAGAUCCCUUGGCGGGGCUGCCCCAUCUCCAGUCCCUGCGUGGCAGGGCACAGUCUGCAGCCCCCCAGCCUGGGCAGCCGUCGGGAGCGAGCAGGAGCGGGAGGUGGGACCAGCCCGGGCCUUGGCUAGUCUGGGGCCUCCAGCUUCUUUCUCUGCGGCCUCUGCCUGGCUCCCAUGGCCCAAAGCCUGUCCCAGGAGCAAGAUGCUGGCUGACUGGCCUGAGUGGGAGGCAUGCUGGUCCCAGCAGCUUCCGGGGAAGCUCUGGCACAGCCGAGAGUCAAAAGACUACAGCAUCCCUGAGAGCAGGGAGAGGGGCCUUUUCCUCGUUUUGCGUUUUCCCCUGGAGCCAGCAAUGUGUCAGUAACUCUUGUCUGUGAAAGAACCUGAGGUGUAGCCACGUGUCCAGCUGCCUUCUGUGCACGCCUGGCCUCCCUCCAGGCUACCCCUUCUAUGGGUGCCCAUGGUGCUGCUGUUGGUUCUGGGCGGGGCCUCCACUCUGAUGGUUCCACCCCGGGAAAGCUGGCCUUCCAUCCUGCCAAACCAGGUGACCUCAGUCUCGCCACCUCCAGGAAGCCUCUGUAGAUCUUCAUUCUGGGUUCUUGUCCAUUAAAAAUACCCACCAUGGCCUGGGCACAGUGGCUCAUGCCUGUAAUCACAGCACUUUGGGAGGCUGAGGCAGGAAGAUCACUUGAGGCCAGGAGUUCGAGACCAGCCUGGACAACAUAGCAAAACCUUGCUUCUACAGAAAAUAAAGCUUUAUAAAUAAAGAUACCCAGCACGGCUGACAGUG